AUGUCCCACUGUACUCUCGGGCGACAGUGUGGAGAUUACGGUAGUCACGAUAGUGGUGAGAACGGUGGAUGUCUCAUCAAACCCGUCAGAGACAACGUAGCCGUCCGAGACGACGUAACCCUCUUUGGAUACCAACGACAUGAUACCAAGUUGGAGAGCGAGAGACGGACUGUAGAUAAGGAAAAUUGUUGGGGUGGAGGAGAAGAUUGA